AGCUGGCCCCGCCCCUCCGCGGACACUGACUCCGGCUAGGGUCUCCUAUCUCACUACCCCCGGCACCCGUGAACCCCAGCCCUGCUAAGCCCGGGACGGACUCACUUCCCCCACCGUCGGUGCGGGACCUCCCGGCCUAGCGCAGCCCAGCGCGGAGAGCUCGGGAGGAAGAUGGAGCCGGUCAGCCGAGCCGGAGAAGGCCGGGGAGGACCUGGGUGACUCUGCUCCUUUGCUUUCAGGGCAGGUCCUCGCUCUGGUGCUGGUGGCCGCCCUUUGGGGUGGCACGCAGCCUCUGCUGAAGCGGGCCUCCGCCGGCCUGCAGCAAGUGCAUGAGCAGACGUGGGCCCGGCAGCUGCUGCAGGAGAUGAAGACUCUCUUCUUGAAUACUGAGUAUCUGAUGCCCUUUCUCCUCAACCAGAGUGGCUCCCUUCUCUACUACCUGACCUUGGCAUCAACAGGUUACAGACACAGUCCACCUGGCCCAGCUUUUCACAGCGGGAAUGAUCCAGACUCAGACCUCUGUGCUUUCAUGGCAGGCACUGACUGACCGGGCAUCUCCCCGACCACCCCCACCUUUAAUAGAGUUGUGCUGUGUGGCCCAAGCUGGCCUCGAACUGGAUAUCCUCCUGCCUCAGCCUCCUGGUCACUGGGAUCAUGAUCUGACUUUAGCUGUGCCCAUCUGUAACUCUCUGGCCAUGGUCUUCACGCUGAUUGUUGGGAAGAUCCUUGGAGAAGAUGUUGGUGGAAAACAGGCAGUGGCUGGCAUGGUACUCGCCAUCACGGGGGUCACGCUUUGCAUCACAAGCUCGGUGACCAAGACCCAGGGCCAGCCCUGACCUUCAGCUCUGCUGUCUGUGCUCUGCUGUGUUCAGCGGACUCCAGGCCGAGGUGCGCCGGGGGUACCCCAGCUUGGCUCACUAUAGCCUCCUCAUCUCUCGCAUCACAUCUACCUCAGGGUCCAGAAUUCCACGACAGCCAAGGAAGGCUACAUGGAGAAACCCUGUCUCAAAAAACCAAAAAGAAAAAGAAAAGAAAAGAAAAAAAUAUAAGAAAAAAAGGAAAAAGGACCAAGGACCAGCCCUGGGAUGGUUUUGUAAUCUCUGGUGGGUUCAGCUAUUGAGAUUUAGCACUGGAGCCAGGAGUAGUGGCAUGUGCCUUUAAUCCCAUCACUCAGAAGGCAGCUACACAGAGAAGCCUUGCAUGAGAGAGAAGGAGAAGAGAUUUCACACUGGAGACUUUUACACACAUACCCCCAGCAGCCCUGCCCAGCAGCCGUCUGUUACUGGCCUGCUGGCCUGCUCCAGUCCACAUAGCCUCGGCUGUGUGGAAAGGGCUGGCUGCAGUCUCUGAACCGCAGCUCCACAGCCUCAUCACUGGGCAUUACUCAGGGAGAGUGGUUACAUGGCAGAUGGAAGAAAAAUGAGCUCAACUUCCAGUUCCUCGAGUAAGGAGACAGCUGUGCCUGAGCAGCACUUCACCGCUGCAAACACCUGGCCAGCAGCAGCUUUUAAUAAAUCUGCAGCAAACAAA